AUGGGUGCUGUGACUCCCUAUGGACAGCUGGUCCGGACUGCGGCCCGGGCCCAAGUCUCGUGCAUUCCCCGACGGACCUUCACCUCGACAGUCACCUGCCGGGCAGAGAACGACAAUGCCAAUUCCAACAAGAAAAAGUCGGGAUUCCUCUCGUCCAUGAAGGAUUGGGUUCUCGGUGAAUCCAAACCCAAGGCUGCCUUCACCCCAGUCGCCCCGAAGCGCGAAGAAGGUGGACUCGGUGCCAGCUCCAUUUUCGCCGAGGACGUGGGCCGAGCAUCCGGUCCCAAGCCCAGCAAGCAGAAGAAGCAACUUCAAGAUCAACAAGACGCGGCGGGUGAGGAUGCUGUGCCUCUGGAGAAGCGCAACAAGGACCGCCUGCAGCUCGCCUUGAACCCGAACCCAAAGGCCCAGUUGCGGUGGGAGAAGAGGACGGUGAUCCGCGAGAUCCGCAAGCGCGGCCGCAUUUCAAAGGAGGUUCAGAUCAAGCGUUCCGAGCGCGAGUCCAUGUCCAAGUCACACUGGUUCAAGACCUCCCUCAAGAAGUUGGGCCCCCUGGCCCGGCAGAUUGCAGGCAAGCCCAUCGACGAGGCCAUCUUGCAGAUGCGCUUCAGCAAGAAGAAGGCUGCCAAGGAUGUGCUGGGACAUUUGGAACACGCAAAGAACGUCGCCAUGGUCCGUGCCGGCAUGGGCCUGGGUGCUCCUGCCGGUACCUCCGCGGAACCCGUCACCGUCACGUUAAAGUCUGGCGAGCGCAAGAAGAUCACCGAGCCGACAUCGAUCUAUAUUCAGCAGGCGUGGGUGAACCGUGGCCCCUAUGGCUUCGGUAUGGACCACCGUGCCCGUGGUCAGAUCAACCGGCUCCGGCCCCCGGCGACUGGUCUCUCGGUCGUAUUGAAGGAGGAGAAGACUCGCAUCCGGGAAUGGCAGCAGCGUGAGGCUGACGCUUUGCGCAAGCGCAAGGCUCAGCUUUGGACCCAGCUGCCUGACCGCAAGGUCUCUGCACAGAACCAGUACUACAGCUGGUAA